UCCAACUGGCACUUUGGGGAAAGUGGAGCAGUCGUACUUAAGGCAGCAUAGCAGCAACUACUAAAAAUAUCAAAAAAACAUAACUUAAAGUCUGAGUGAAAUUAGUUACUCGAAUUAUAUAUUAAUAUUUGGAUACUUAAAAAUGUUUAUUGAGACAUGUAUUGCACCUGUGAAUAUUGCGCUAAUUAAAUAUUGGGGCAAACGCGAUGAAGAACUUAUAUUGCCUAUCAACGACUCGCUCAGCGUGACCCUUAGCACCGAUGAAAUGUGUGCCAAGACAACAGCAGCUGCUGCUGCAUCUUUUAAGCGACACAUUAUGUGGUUGAAUGGUGAAGAAGUGCCGUUCGAGCAAAAUCCACGGGCAAUGCGUUGUUUAAAAGAGAUACAACAACUUGCAUUGGCAAAAGAACAACUUAAAUUUCCCAUCGAGUGGAAGUUGCACAUUGUGUCUCGCAACAAUUUCCCCACUGCCGCAGGAUUAGCAUCGAGCGCAGCCGGUUACGCUUGCCUAGUCUAUGCAUUGGCACAUCUGUAUGGUGUACAAAAGGAAGAAUUAACUGCAAUAGCACGCCAAGGUAGUGGUUCUGCUUGUCGCAGUUUGUACGGUGGUUUCGUGCGCUGGCAUAUGGGCAAAAGCAAUGACGGUACUGACUCCAUCGCACUGCCUGUUGCACCGUGUGAACAUUGGCAAGAUUUACAUGUGCUCAUACUGGUCGUAAAUGAUGCACGCAAGAAGACUAGCUCAACAAAGGGUAUGCAACUUGCUGUAGAAACUUCCGAUUUAAUAAAAUAUCGUGCACAAUAUUGUGUACCUCAACGUACUGCAGCUAUAGUAGAUGCCAUUAAGAAUCAUGAUUUCGCAAAACUAGCGGAAAUAACUAUGCGCGAUUCGAAUCAGUUUCAUGCAAUUGCUUUGGAUACGUAUCCACCAUGUGUGUACAUGAAUGAUGUAUCACAUGCUAUUGUGGAGUUUGUACAUGCUUUUAAUAAGGCAGUUGGUGAGGUGAAGCUGGCAUACACUUUUGAUGCUGGUCCAAAUGCUUGCUUGUAUUUGUUGGAACGCGAUGUGAGCAUUGUAUUGGCAGCAAUAAAAAAUAGUUUCCCAAAUGAUGCGGAGCAGAGUGUGGAAUACGUAAAGGGCAUACCGAUAGCCUGUGAUAUAGGAGAAAAGAACGGCUUCAACGGCAAUGCCACAUUGCCUAUUAAUAAUAAGAAUCUUUUUAAAUAUAUCAUACAUACGCGUAUUGGCAAAGGGCCGCAACGUCUCGGCAAAAGCGAAAGCCUUUUAGAUAGCAGUAAUGGUUCACCGCUAAACAAUUAAAGUUAGCUUUGGGCUUCUUUUUCAUAGUACUUCCACAUCAACAAUACCGGUGCAUUAUCGUGACAAUAAGGGUAUAUAGACUUUGUAGCUCGGAAUAUCAGCGAAUAUUUUGUAAACGCAUAUAUUUAGCUUUAGGAUAGUUAUAAUGCAUUCUUGUAUUACAACUACAAAUAGUAAAAUUAUUAUAUAAUAAAGUAGCUUAAUAGAAAAAAA